CCUGGACCCGCCCCCCCCUCUGCCCGCCGCUUGGCGCGCGCAUAAAAGCUGCCCACCGUCUCUCCGCCGCUGCAACCUCAGGAGAAGCAUUUGCGGGGCGGGACGAGACGAGCGGCGCUCCCGGCACGAGCAGACAUGGGCAGGGCGCUGGCUUGGCGGCUCGUCUUCGGGCUUUUUCUCCUGGCGCUGCUUUCACCCUCUCAGGGAGGAGAUAAUAAAACAACUACUGAUGCUCCGCACAAUAAUUCAGCUGUGACUUCUGUGUCAUUUAGCACAAACACCACCACCAAGGGACAUGGAAAUCAUCUUCAGUCAACUACUGGCCUCUUCAUACUCUCAGUCUCUCUCCUGUACUUUUGUUAAAGCAUCUAGUCCGGGAAAACAACAUCCUUCCCUACCAAGUUCCCUAAUUCAUCUAAGAUGGUGAGACCUUCUUAUUCUGAGAAUUACAAAAAAAGCAACAACAUGAAAUAUUUGUAUCCAGCCAAUACAGUUUAAGCAACAGUUCAUUCACAAAUACCAAUUUGACCAAGACUCUUGAUAAGAAUACCUGAUGAAUUGAACCAAUCUUCCUUCAAAAAUAAUUUGAUUCACAAGGCAGCCAGUGGAUCCCAAUAUUCAACACCUUGAACUCAUAAUAUACGAGAAAUACAACUUGACAAGCCAUGGAUCAUGCCUUCUGAGAGGAAAGAGUUGAUAAAGCUAUGCAAAAUAAGGAGCUUAAUUUGAAAAUGACGCUCAUCCUCUAAGCUUAUAAAACCAGGAAAAAAAUGAAAAAAGCACCAAAGUGGGGGUUUUUCCCCCCCUCAGUUUAAGAUCCAAGGAUAUCCAGCAGAAGUAAUUCCAUUCAGAAUUUCACUUUGGAAUUUUCUAGUUAUUCCAUUGAUUUAAAAAAAAAUCUGCUAUAAAGGUUCAAAAUUGAAGUUUGCAUAAUUUAAAACCAAUUUGAAAACAUUUACUGUAUUUUUUCAAUGUUAUUAAAGCUGUAAGUGAACCAAAUGCAUCAGCAGAAUAAGAUAUUUAAAAUCUAUUGUAAGAAUAUUUGCUAAUAGCCAAUAUAAAAUAAGUAAUAAGGAAAUAAGGAAUCAACUUACAUAAUUAAACUUGAAUAGUUUUUCUUAUAGCAGCCUCCUAAAAGUUUCUGGGGGUAAUUUCUAAAUGUCAGUUUUGGUGCAAUUAGUGUUUAUUUUAUUCUUUCAAUGAAACAUCUUUGGGAAAAUAAUUUUAUGUUGAGUGAAAAUACACAAUGUUUAAAUCCUGAAAUAUUAAUCCUUAAAGCGUGUGUCUUUUAAAGGUUGAAACUGAUAUAUUUGCACAAAUUAUUUCUAUGCAAAGUGUUCUGUACAGUAAGUAAUUUGAACUAAAGCUGAUACUAAAAUGUUAUCAAAAUGUUUGGCUCUUCAGAAAUAAAUAAUGGAAAGUCUUAUAGGCAGAACCACA